AGGAUCUGCAGAUGUGCAGAGAUCCUUUCCAGCCCCCCGGCCCCGUGCUGCUGUGUGUCGGCUCUGUGACCGCCUGCCGUCCGCAGGCGCUGCUCGGAUGGACGCGCUGCCCUUGGUGCGCAGCGCUCACGUGCUUGGGUAGGAAGGAGCGGCGAUUCCGGAUCGUAUGUUUGCGGUUUAAUCUAUGGAGGAUGGAUACAGAUUGCGAUACCCUGUUUCUGGAAGAAGUAGAUUGAUCCUUGCAGACCGUUGGCUAUUUCCCUCUUUCAAAGGAGAUAUCACUCAGAAGGGCUAUGAAAAGAAAAGAGCAAAGCUGUUAGCACGGUACAUACCGCUCAUUCAAGGUGUGGAUCCAUCCCUGCAAACAGAGAACAGAGUCCCAGGCACCUCACAAGCUACAGCUGUUGUGUCUAAACAGCAGAAAUCGCAUUCCACGAACUCGAGGGAUGAGCGCUUCCGAUCUGAUGUCCACACUGAAGCAGUGCAGGCAGCUCUUGCGAAAUACAAAGAGAGAAAAAUGCCUAUGCCUUCAAAGAGACGGUCUGUUCUUGUGCACUCUUCUGUAGAAACAUACACACCUCCAGACACAUCGUCAGCAUCAGAAGAUGAGGGCUCGUUGCGUCGGCAAGGGCGGAUCACCUCCACUCCGUUCCAGAGCCAUUCCAACGUAGAGCCCUGGCUUAACCGGGUUAUUCAGGGCUCGUCCACCUCAUCCUCUGCAUCUUCCACCUCAUCUCAUCCAGGAGGGAAACCUGCUGCUGCUUCCAGUACUGCUACUGCCACUGCUGCUGCCACGGUGCUUGCAGAUCUCAUGGCACACAUCCAGCUAGAUAACCACUCAGCACCUCCUGAUGUAACCACUGGCCUGAUGGAACACUUGCAUCAUGAGCGUCCACAAGUAGCAUCAGUACGAGGAGUUCCCAGAGGCUACAACAGCAGCAUUUUGGAAACUGGAGAUGGUGUCCCUGUGAAUAGCAGAGUGUCCUCUAAAAUCCAGCAGCUUCUAAAUACCUUGAAAAGACCAAAGCGCCCACCUUUGAAAGAGUUUUUUGUUGAUGAUUUUGAAGAACUACUAGAAGUGCAACAGCCUGACCCAAAUCAACCGAAGCCUGAAGGAAAUCAGAUGAAUGUACUUAAAGGUGAACCUGUUGGUGUGGUGACCAACUGGCCACCUUCUCUGCUGGCAGCCUUGCAACGCUGGGGAACUACCCAGCCAAAAGCCCCUUGUCUGACUGCAUUGGAUACAACUGGGAAAGCUGUUUAUACGCUUACCUAUGGCAAACUGUGGAGUCGGAGCUUGAAGUUAGCAUAUACCCUGCUAAACAAGCUAACCAGUAGGAAUGAACCACUACUAAAGCCUGGAGACCGGGUAGCUCUUGUAUUUCCUAAUAGUGAUCCAGUUAUGUUUAUGGUGGCGUUUUAUGGAUGCCUCCUGGCAGAACUUAUCCCUGUGCCAAUAGAAGUUCCACUAACAAGAAAGGAUGCUGGCAGCCAACAAAUUGGCUUUCUUUUGGGCAGCUGCGGAGUAACGCUAGCUUUAACCACCGAUGCUUGUCAGAAAGGCCUUCCUAAAGCUCAAACGGGUGAGGUGGUUACAUUUAAAGGUUGGCCUCGUCUCAUUUGGUUUGUGAUUGAUGGGAAGCAUCUGGCAAAACCAACUAAGGAUUGGCAUCCACAAUUACGGGAUGCCAGUGCUGAGAUUGCUUAUAUUGAGUACAAAACAAGUAAAGAAGGCAGCACAGUGGGCAUUACUAUAUCUCAUGCUUCCAUGCUGGCACACUGUCAUGCAUUGACUCAGGCAUGUGGGUAUUCAGAAGCGGAAACUCUAACAAAUGUGUUGGAUUUCAAAAGAGAUGCUGGCCUUUGGCAUGGGGUAUUAACAAGCGUUAUGAACAGAAUGCAUGUCAUCAGUAUUCCCUAUGCAUUAAUGAAGGUUAAUCCACUUUCUUGGAUACAGAAAGUCUGCUCAUACAAAGCCCGUGUUGCUGUAGUAAAAUCACGUGAUAUGCACUGGUCACUUUUGGCUCAGAGGGAUCAGAGAGAUGUCAGUCUAAGCUCCUUACGAAUGUUAAUAGUGGCAGAUGGAGCCAAUCCAUGGUCGAUAUCUUCAUGUGAUGCCUUUCUGAAUGUAUUUCAGUCCAGAGGUUUGAGACCUGAGGUAAUCUGCCCCUGUGCUAGUUCCUCAGAGGCACUCACUGUCGCUAUUCGCAGACCUCCAGAACUGGGUGGGCCUCCUCCCGGGAAAGCAGUUUUAUCUAUGAAUUGUCUGAGUUACGGUGUGAUAAGAGUGGAUACAGAAGAGAAGUUGUCUGUUUUAACUGUACAAGAUGUUGGUCAGAUUAUGCCUGGAGCUAAGGUUUGUGUUGUGAAGGUGGAUGGGACUCCAUACCUGUGUAAAGCUGAUGAAGUUGGAGAAAUAUGUGUGAAUUCAGGCACAACUGGAAUGGCUUACUUUGGCCUCCUCGGAAUCACCAAAAAUGUGUUUGAGGCCGUUCCAGUGACAGCCACUGGUGUGCCUGUUUCAGAUCAGCCCUUUACAAGAACAGGACUUCUUGGCUUCAUGGGUCCUGACUGUCUGGUGUUUGUGGUAGGAAAAUUGGAUGGCCUAAUAACAGUUAGUGGUCGCAGGCAUAAUGCAGAUGAUGUGGUAGCCACAGCAUUGGCAGUAGAACCAAUGAAAUUUGUCUACCGGGGAAGGAUAGCAGUUUUUUCUGUGACGGUUUUGCAUGAUGAUCGAAUAGUGCUUGUGGCAGAGCAGCGCCCUGAUGCAUCAGAGGAGGACAGUUUUCAGUGGAUGAGCAGGGUUCUACAGGCAAUUGAUAGCAUUCACCAAGUGGGCGUCUACUGUCUUGCCUUGGUGCCAGCCAACACUUUGCCAAAAGCACCACUUGGAGGAAUUCAUAUUUCAGAAACCAAGCAGCGCUUUUUAGAGGGUGCACUGCACCCCUGUAAUGUCUUAAUGUGCCCACAUACUUGUGUUUCUAACCUGCCAAAGCCUCGACAGAAACAACCAGAUGUUGGUCCUGCUUCAAUGAUAGUAGGAAACCUUGUUGCUGGAAAGAGAAUUGCACAAGCCUCAGGGAGAGAUGUUACUCAGCUGGAGGAUAACGAUCAGGCAAGAAAGUUCCUGUACUUAGCAGAUGUUCUUCAGUGGCGAGCUCAGACAACUCCAGAUCAUCCCCUCUUCCUGUUGUUAAAUUCCAAGGGCACUGUAGCUAGCACUGCAUCGUGCAUGCAGUUGCACAAGAGAGCAGAGAGAGUGGCAGUUGCACUAAUUGAGAAGGGACGACUGAAUGCUGGUGACCAUGUAGCCCUGGUUUAUCCUCCAGGAGUAGACUUGAUAGCAACUUUCUAUGGCUGCUUGUAUGCUGGCUGUAUACCUAUCACUGUUCGCCCACCUCAUCCACAGAAUCUUGCUACCACUCUGCCCACUGUCAAAAUGAUCGUAGAGGUCAGUAAGUCUGCAUGUAUACUCACCACACAAGUGAUAAUGAAACUGUUGAAAUCCAAGGAAGCUGCAGCAGCUGUAGAUAUUAAGACAUGGCCCACUAUUUUGGAUACAGAUGAUAUGCCUAAAAAGAAGCUGGCUAAUAUUUUCAGACCUACAUCUCCAGAUAUGUUGGCAUAUUUGGACUUCAGUGUGUCAACCACUGGUAUAUUAGCAGGAGUAAAGAUGUCACAUGCAGCUACAAGUGCCUUAUGUCGCUCUAUUAAGCUACAGUGUGAGCUGUACCCUUCACGUCAGAUUGCCAUCUGCCUUGACCCCUACUGCGGUUUGGGGUUUGCACUGUGGUGCUUGUGCAGUGUAUAUUCGGGCCAUCAGUCCAUUCUUGUCCCUCCUCUGGAACUGGAGAGCAACGUGUCUCUGUGGCUGUCUGCUGUAAGCCAGUACAAAGUGCGUGUCACUUUCUGUUCUUACUCAGUGAUGGAGAUGUGCACCAAAGGGCUUGGGACACAGACUGAUAUGCUCCGAAUGAAAGGAGUUAAUCUAUCCUGUGUGCGAACAUGUAUGGUGGUUGCAGAGGAGAGACCAAGGAUUGCAUUAACACAGUCUUUCUCCAAGUUAUUCAAAGACCUGGGUCUCUCGGCUCGUGCAGUGAGCACUACGUUUGGAUGCAGGGUCAAUGUAGCAAUUUGCUUACAGGGAACAGCAGGACCAGAUCCAACAACAGUGUAUGUAGAUAUGAGAGCACUUCGACAUGACAGGGUACGUUUGGUAGAGAGAGGUUCUCCACACAGUUUGCCACUUAUGGAGUCUGGGAAGAUCCUUCCAGGGGUAAAAGUCAUCAUAGCACACACAGAAACAAAGGGACCUCUGGGAGACUCACAUUUAGGAGAGAUAUGGGUGAGUAGCCCGCACAAUGCUACUGGUUACUAUACAGUGUAUGGAGAAGAAGCACUGCACGCCGAUCACUUUACUGCUCGCUUGAGUUUUGGAGACACUCAGACCAUAUGGGCACGGACUGGGUACCUGGGCUUCCUGCGCAGAACUGAGCUUACUGAUGCUAGUGGAGAAAGACACGAUGCCCUGUAUGUAGUAGGUUCUUUGGAUGAAACACUGGAGCUCAGAGGAAUGAGGUACCACCCCAUUGAUAUAGAGACCUCUGUAAUAAGAGCACAUAAGAGCAUUGCAGAAUGUGCUGUAUUUACAUGGACCAAUUUGCUCGUGGUGGUUGUGGAGUUAGAAGGCUCAGAACAAGAAGCGUUGGACCUGGUUGCACUGGUAACAAAUGUAGUUCUGGAGGAACAUUAUCUUAUAGUAGGUGUUGUAGUCAUCGUGGACCCAGGUGUUAUUCCUAUCAAUUCCCGAGGUGAAAAACAACGAAUGCACUUGAGAGACGGAUUUUUAGCUGACCAGUUGGAUCCUAUUUAUGUUGCCUACAACAUGUGAAAAAAAAGAAAUUACAUCAAGGCUAAAGCACCAAAAUCUAGAUACUGUCUGAAUAGCAUUUGAAUUGAUAUGUUAUGUUUUUAAAAACCAUUGAAGAACUUAGAAAAAUGGAGAUAUUAAUCUUCACAGACCUUCAUUUCUCAGAUUGUGUUUGCUUUCAUAAAUCCAUUAUAACAGUAAUUGCUGUAUUAGAAUUUACUGGAAUUCUUGAAGGAAGCUUAUUAGAACUGUCAUGGACCAAUUUUUUUGUUAUUUUUGUUUUUUUUUACAAUAAUUAUGAAUGUCAGUACUUGAUGCACUGCAUAAAAGGACAUAAGGCAGGGUGGGGAGCAAACAUCAGCUGUGACUCUUGGAAAUAAUCCGGGAAGUUGUUAGUAACCAGUUUGAGUUACCUCUACAUGUGAUUGUUUGCAAUAUAUUGGCAGUAUCUGGGUUGGGGCAUAAAUUUUAAGACUGCACACAUCUUUAACAUUUUCUCUACUGUACUGAAAGGAAUUUUGCACAUAUCUGAGGUUUAAAAAUGCAGCCUUUGUAUUUUAAAUCACUGACUCAUCCUUAUUCAGAACAAAUUCAUUCCAGUCUCGGAUUCAAUAUAACAAUUAUGCUGCUGCUCAGCUUUUUUGUACCAAGCAAAAACAAAUACUGCAUCUGUAACAAGGUUACUUAGUGUGCCAUGCUGAACUCUGUAAUGCUAUAAACUUUAUAAUAAAAUAUUAAAUUAAUACUCAAUUUUAACUGUUUGAUGCGGGAGCGUACACUGCUCUUGCUCUCAUAACUUCACAUUAAAGUUGCUUGUUUUAAUAGCUCUAGCUGUUAAUUACUGCCCUGCACAACACCAAGUAUUUAAAAACUCAUUCCAAAGCCAAUAGUCUGAAUCGUUUGUAGAAAUGUUUACAAAGCAUGACCUUACAAUAUGUUUUCCAUUAAUAUCCUGUGCUGAAAUGUACAAUGGUGAUUCUUUUUUCCACCGUGAAAAGAAUACUCAGUGUUAGUGAGGUGGAUCUUUUUUGUUACAAUUCAUCUUUUUAGUUGUAUUUAGGCAGAUGUUUUGCUCCAGCUGAAACAAACAGGAGGCAUAGUCACACUUGGCUAAAAAAGGCUUUGAAGUUUCUGCCUAAUCUAGUACUGCAGUGAACCUAAUUCAGAAAGAGAACAUUUGAAAUUACUCAAAUACUUGAUGCAUUUGAGGGUAAGAAUGAGAGUAGCAAAUAAUUAUUUUUAUAAAGUUAAUAAAAAGUUUGAGCUCCAUUAUUAUUUUUUUUUAAUAUAAUGCAUGAGUUUGGCAAAAGAGCCGGGUUUUUCUGCAAGACAAUUCUGCCUGGAUCAGUGCCUAAGAAAGAUGGAUGUUAGUUUCCUGAUAGGAGAACAUCAAAUGACUCUUUGACGAAUGAACAGUAAAUCUCCAACAAAAAGCUUUCAGAUACAGUAGUUCUUUGCCCUCAUGGUGUUUGACUGUGGUGUAUAAUACAGCUGCAUAUGAUGACUAAUUAUGUACAGAACCUGUGUAACUUAUUGUCUAAGUACAGAAACCUUUAGCAGUGAGCAAUCCCUGUAACACAACAGCUGGCAAAGAGGAAGAACUACCUAACCCCAAUUUUAACGUUGUAGUUUUUUAGCAGAUAAAGCGUUGUAAGAUUUUUGUAUUGAUAUGGUUGACAGUGAGACAAGUCGCCUUGUAAGAUUUAAAACAAAAGCACAUUAAACAUUUCAAAACAGC